AUGGUAGCUCGUGACACGGAUCCUUUAGCGCUCAUCGCUUCCAAUUCCCAUCAGGAAGAGGAAAGCACCCCUGUCUUUUCUCCUGAAAAGCUGUGCUCGUCCCAACCUCCUGGGUAUGUUGGAAUUAUGAGUGUUCGUUCCCAACUUGAAAGCGUCAAACUUGAUACCAACUGCUCGCAUUCCCGACGAAUCAUGAGGCAGGAAGAUCACGACCUUGACCUAGAGUCGUGCCAUGUCAGUUUUGGCAACGUUCAGAUCCGAGAAUAUCCUAUUGUUCUUGGCGACAACCCUGGAGGAUCCUCCGGACCACCCUUGUCCAUUGAAUGGACACACCAAUCAGAAUCCAGUGUCCCACUGGAUGCAUAUGAGCAAGAUCGACCGAACCGCCGAGAUCGUGCAGAAAUGUGCAUGCCCGCAUUUUUGCGCGUCAAAAUGUUACAAGAGGCCGGAUACAGUCGAGCGGAAAUCGUGGCGUUGCAAAAACCCGUCAACAUCACCCGAGUGCAACGCCGCAGAACAAACGCCACGCUCAAUUUACAAACUUUGCACGAAAUUACUGAACGAACUAGGCGCAAAACGCUAAACCUUCUAUCUUUGGGAACGCGAAAACGGAAGGAAAAGCAUUUUUUGGAACCUUUUACGAAAGCCAAGGCGGAGAGUGUUAAGCCACACUUGUCGCGAACGUCGAUUCUCACUGAAGAAUCUUUUUGUGAACUCGAACGACCGCUCUAA